AUGGUGUCGAUCUGCCUCCUCCACACCCCGUCGGGCCAGCAAGUGCUGCUGGACCCUCCCGUGACCGGGGAGCAUGCAGUGUCCAUCAUUUGCGGGGAUCGAAGCAUCAGCGGCAACUGCGCAGUUGCCGACGCAAUCCAAGCCUCAGAGGCAGAGGACGUCACAGUCUUGAUCCUGGCGCCCAGCGUCUACCGGGACCAAAUCUUGGAGGCCCAUGGCCGACUGGGCUUCACGGCCCUCGGCGCUGCAAGGUUCCCGGCGUCGCAAGGCCUGGAUAUCAACAUGAUGCCCUUCAUCAUGGGCAAGAAAGGUUCUCUGCCGAAGUCGCUCCAGCAUUACUGGCCGCUGAUUGAAGCCUGCCGGCUCCCCAAGGAGGAACUGGACAAAGUGGGCUACCUCACCGUCCAGGAGAGCGACGUGACUGGUGGAUACGCACAACGCCGUGAGGGGAUACACCUAGAGACUCCAGGCGUCAUCCUCUCUGAGGGCUGCGUUCUGCACACCUGCGUGCGCUGGGGCGCCGGCUUGCCGGGCUUCAAGCCUGGAAAGCUGCCGAAACCUCCGAAGAUGCGAACCAUCGAGAAGUUCCUGCGAGAUGCGCCGGAGGAGGGUGCAGAAGAGGAAGGCUUUGAGGACGAGGAUUGGGAUUCGGACGACGGCUCGACGUCGCCGUCCUACGUGAACCAGCGCCUCUACGGCGGCAUCUACACCGCCUCCACAGUGCCGCAGUCCACCAGGUUCUGGAACAUGCGCUUUGCAGCACCCGCGGAUGUGUGUGGCCCUUUGGGAGAGCUGACGCAUUUGAAGGAGGUGCUGGGCCCUGCGACGCUCUCCGAAGCCAAUACCUUGUACUGGAUGACGGAUGCAACCCCACACGAGUCUUUGCCCUUGGUGGAGCCAACACAUCGCCAGUACUUCCGUUUGGUGACGAGCUCGGUAUCGGUGUGGUACGCCAAGCACUCUACAGCAAACCCCACGGGUGUCCAACCGGACCCUGCGGUGACGCGCAUCAUUCACAGUGACAAGUUCGAAGAACUCAAGCAGGCGCGCGUUGGACCACCGGAUGAAAUCUGGAACGUACGUGACAUGGGUUUGGGCGAAUGCGGAGAAUCUGAGGAAAUCAGCCGGCGCUUUGACAUCUGA